AUGACAGGGGCAAAGAGGAAAAAGAAAAGUGUGCGCUGGAGCAAGAUGCAUGCCCCCCAUUGUGAAGACAUUAAAAAGUGGUGUCGAAGGCGGCUGCCUGUUCUGGAAUGGGCACCGCAUUAUAAUCUGAAAGAAAACUUGCUUCCAGACGCGGUGUCUGGGAUCAUGUUGGGAGUUCAACAGGUGACUCAAGGGCUGGCCUUUGCCAUCCUCUCCUCGGUGCACCCGGCGUUCGGUUUAUAUGGCUCUCUGUUUCCAGCCAUCAUUUAUGCCGUGUUUGGAAUGGGGCGUCACGUUGCCACAGGUACCUUUGCUUUAACAUCCUUAAUAUCGGCCAAUGCAGUGGAACGGCUUGUCCCUCAGAGCAGCCAGAACCUCACCACACAGAGUAACAUCAGUGUGCUGGGCUUAUCUGAAUUUGAGAUGCAAAGGGUCGGUGUGGCAGCAGCAGUUUCCUUCUUGGGAGGAGUGAUCCAGCUGGUCAUGUUUGUGCUACAACUGGGCAGUGCCACCUUCCUGCUGACGGAGCCUGUCAUCAGCGCAAUGACAACCGGGGCUGCCACCCACGUCGUGACUUCGCAAGUCAAGUAUCUCUUGGGAAUGAAAAUGCCGUAUAUAUCUGGACCACUUGGAUUCUUUUACAUUUAUGCCUACAUCUUCGAGCACAUCAAGUCCGUCCGGCUGGAAGCCCUGCUCUUAUCCUUGUUGAGCAUUGUGGUGCUUGUUCUUGUUAAGGAGCUGAAUGAACAAUUUAAAAGGAAAAUUAAAGUUGUUCUUCCUGUCGAUUUAGUUUUGGAAUUGUUGGCACAUGGCCUCAGUAAUGUGAUCCCUUCGUUUUUCUUCUGCAUACCAAGUGCUGCAGCCAUGGGACGUACUGCAGGGCUCUACAGCACCGGAGCAAAGACACAGGUGGCUUGUCUGAUAUCUUGCAUUUUCGUCCUUAUAGUCAUCUAUGCAAUAGGACCUUUGCUUUACUGGCUGCCCAUGUGUGUUCUUGCCAGCAUUAUCGUCGUGGGACUGAAAGGAAUGCUAAUACAGUUCCGGGAUUUAAAAAAAUAUUGGAACGUGGAUAAAAUUGAUUGGGGCAUAUGGGUCAGUACGUACAUAUUUACAAUAUGUUUUGCUGCCAAUGUGGGACUGCUGUUUGGUGUUGUCUGUACCAUAGCUAUAGUGAUCGCACGCUUCCCAAGAGCAAAGACUGUGAGUAUAAAAAACAUGAAAGAAAUGGAAUUUAAAGUGAAGACAGAAAUGGAUGGUGAAAUCUUACAACAGGUGAAAAUUAUCUCCGUAAACAGUCCACUUGUUUUUCUGAAUGCAAAGAAGUUUCACACUGAUCUAAUGAACAUAAUUGAAAAGGGAAAUGCCGGUAAUCAGCCAUUUGAUGAUCUCAGCAAGUGUGAACAGAAUAUGCUGCUAAAUUCUCUAUCCAAUGGUACCUGCAAUGAAGAGGCUUCACAGCCCUGCCCACAUGAGAAGUGUUCUUUAAUCCUGGACUGCAGUGGAUUGUCCUUUUAUGACUAUUCCGGAGUCUCCAUGCUGGUUGAGGUUUACAUGGAAUGUAAGAACAGGAGUGUGGAUAUAUCCUUAGUGCAUUGCACAGCUUCCUUGAUAAAAGCAAUGCAGUACUGUGGAAACCUAGACUUAGAGAAACCAAUCUUUUUUGAAUCAGUAGCUUCUGCAGUCAGUACUAUUCAUUCAAAUAAGAAUGUGGGCAAACUCAGCGAGCACAGUGAGGUGUGAGGACCUUGGGCUGCAGGACAGAGAUGGUCUAGCAACGCUGGGAAGACACCGCGCUUCAGCACUCUGCACGGUGUUGUUGUUGGGAUGAGAUUCUACAGACGACCUCCAUUAUGAUAAGCAUAAUGUGACUCGCUACCUGUAGAGCCACUUGUUAAGAUUUGCCAACGAUUUUAAAAUGUCUUUGUUAGUAAGAAGAUGCACUUAGUAGGCUAUUGUAUAGUUUUACAUAUAUAUGUAUAUACAUAUAUAUGUAUAAUCAGUAAGCAUUUAGUUUUAGUGUACUGAACGGUAAACAUGUCUCCCUUUUACCAUAGUAUUUUGUGUUAUUUUAUUUCUAUUUUGUUAUUAAUUGGUGGGAAACACCUAGCCACAUAAUAAAUGAUUUGACCCAUUUCUCAGGCAUUAAAAACAAAACAAAAAACCCCAGGAUGGUUUAUCUUUAACUCAUACAUAAAAACAAGUUAGCAAACAAGCCAUUUUAUUACACCCUCCUUCCGCUCAAAAAAAUCCAUUAAACAUCAGUUAAGUCCUAAUUUAUACAGCAUGCUAUCAAAUUCAUAGGAAGUAAUAAAUUCAUUAGAACAAAUAUCAAACGAGAAGCACUUGUUGGCCACACAAACGAUUGUCCUUUCCUUGUCCUUUUAUCUGGAGGACAACGGUACCGUGAUGGACUCCAGUUUUCAGUAUCGUCUGCUUUGUGGUGAAUCUUGGAAACGCUUUUACUCUCUUCACACCAACAGCUCGAAUCGCCAUAUUCCCACCCCAUGAAGAGGCUCCGUGUUCUGAUUAAGGUUAGUUGCAGCCACAGGUGUGGGAGUCACAGAAUUUACAGAUUUUUUUUCUCUUGAGCAAGUAUUUUUUUUGUUUGAAUUUACAGAUUUUUACCAAUAUGAUUUUUUGGAUGUUAAAAUACCACCAGAAGUGCUAUUUCAGUGUAAAAUUAAAUGUAGCCGUUCCAGCCCUCUCUGUUUCCCAGUGGUAGAUAAUAUAAUCCAAUUAUCUAUCUAUAUUCAUAAAAUAGAUACAUUCCCACUGUACGUCUUCUGCUCUCCCUUUUUUGGGGUGAGGGCUAGAGGAGGACUUGGGCAUGUGUUCAUCUGCAAGCUCACCAAAUGCAGUAAAAUCGGCAAAUAAACACCACAGGCCCGCUUGAACCAAGAGAUUUUUGUUUGUAUGCUUGCACUUACAUUCUCAAUCAUGCACAAGUUCAUUGUUUCUCAUUUUAACAUACAAAUUGUUUUACCUAAGAAGAAAAGUCACUUUCAAAAAUAAGUGUAGACACGUCUUUACGAAGGAACUUGUAAGCAAGUGUGAGAAGUAUUUUGGAAGGACUGGCCAUUUCAGCAUUGCCCUAGGACUCUUGGUCAGAGUCAGUGCUCCUGUGUCUCCAGUGCUGUAAGGAGUGGUCCCGAGCAAAGCCGUGGGAAGCAUUCAUGUGGUCCUUAAGCUCAACAUCGAGUACCAGGAAGACAAAUGUCAUCAAAUAAAAGGGGAAGAGUAAAAGAAUGCUUUCAGUUCUCAUAACUUUGUCCGAACAAUCGCCCGGUGUCUGAAACCAGUUCACUCACUCAGUGACUAAUUUAGAGGAGAGGGCGCACCAUCAAAUGCCAUGCCUAGCAUGUACCGUUGUAGGGAAAAGUGAAAGGAACCAUGGGAGGUCAAGUUGCCUGAGAGAAAGGAAUUUUGCUCUGCAUGGUUCACUUGAAUUAGUCCAGUGGUGGGUGGUGGUAAAAUUUACCAUCCCAAUCAUCCAUUGGUUACUGACAGGUAAACAUGAGUCAAGAAGAGUCAAGAAAAGAAACGAUGUUUGCUCCUAUCAAUUAGGAGCCAGGGUGGUGCUGUGGUGAAGUGCUAACUGAAGGGUCAGAGAUUCAAACCAACCAGUCACUGCGGUAGUCUUCUUCUAGAAAGGAGUUCCAGCCCGAGGGGGGAGGUGGCAGGGGGGUGCAGUUCUAGUCUGCCCUAGACAGUUGCAUGAGCCAGAAUGGGCUCAUGGUAAGGAGGAGGAUGGACAAGUGGCAUUUGGCUACGCAACUGCAGCCCAGAAUGGAAUUCAUGCCCUACAGACAUUUUCUAAUUUAGAGAUUAUGGACCGUGAUAACUCUAAAAUCAUGUGCUUAAUUGAUAGAUGAUUUGUUCUCUUUUAUGAUGGAAGGUGACACAGUAUUAACUGAGCAGUUGCGUGUGAAUGCGUUUCAUGAUUUAUAGUGCAAGCCUAAUAGAUAAAACUUUCAAGCCAGUUCCUUGGAUGUCAAAUGUUGUGUUACAUUCUAAUAGAUGGAAAAACAAACAAACAAACAAACAAACAAAACCAUGUACCUUAUGUAGCCACUUCCCCUCCAUCGCCUCCUGGAUCCCAAGGCCUCAGUGAAUGGAUGGCCCGGAGGAGCUCCCUGGAGUUGAGUUCUGAAAAUCCAAGAGUUGUGUAUCAUACGUAGAUCCGUAAGAUUCCCAAAUAGACGUGUUUGUUUGUUUUUCUGAAGCAGGCUUUAACAGCAUAUGAGCUAUAACAUGACUGCGAUGCCAGAAUGCUUCCAGUGUCACAGUUAUUUUUAUCAGAUUACCUUAUUUUUAUACAUGAUAAAGGACUUCCAUAUUACUUAUCAUGGUAAAAACAAUGGGGGAAAAAACUAAAAAGGACUUAUAAGAGAGCUGAAAUCCCCAUGAAACAGUAUAUAUAAACUAAGCCUAAAAUACAUAACCAGGAAAAGAUGAUUAACCUUACAUCUAUGCAAAUGAAAUGUCUUUAAAUUUCCCCAGUUCACUUUCAUUGUAAAGGUUAUUUGCCCCUGAUUGUGUGAUUCAAGUAUUAUAAGAUCUACUUUAAUGAGUCUCCAGUAAUUUAUUAGACACAUCUCUAUAGCUACACAAUGUAAUCAUGAAGAAAGAGAUCUUUCUUCUUUAAUGAAAACAUGAAUGUAUUAAUAUCCUGUAUGGAUAGUGUUUGACAUUUAGGUGGUUACCCAAAAUAUAUCAGUAUGCUGUUGAACUUAGAAACGCACACUCAUAUUCUAUGAGAUGAGGAUCUAAUGGAACAUAAAAGGGAAAGUCAAAAAGUAUUGCUCCUAGGAGCUCUAGCUCAUGUAUGUAAGAGUUUGUUUUUUUUAAAGACACUUUUAACUUGUCUUUGCCAUCAAUUGAUGACUGUUAACAAGUUCCCACAGUACUGCACUUGUCUUGGCCUUGUUAAGGUGCUUUCAAAAGAAAGAGAGAAGACAAGGAGAGAAGGGAAGGAUGAAGGAUGAACAAGGAAAUGAAAGGCUACUAGAGGUGCCGUGGGAAAAAAGACUAUGAGAUCAGGGCUAAGACCAAGUUUUAAUAGAAGUAGACAUCACCUCACAUCGUUCAAGGUAACAUGAAGGCUGUCCCACAUAAAAUAGGUUUCAGAUGGAUCAAGUGUUUUAUGGAAGGGUUGGAAGACUGCAAGGAUGAGCCGAGAGAGGGAAAACUGUCAACCAUGCUGAAUGAGGAGAUUGGCUGAAGGGUAGAAAUGGCGGAAAGGAAGCCAUAAGAAUUCCCAUAGAAGGAAACCAGAAGGUUUCCAUCCAAAGAAAACCACCAAGCUGAGAUUUCAUGUCGUUUGACACUUUCGAGUUAAGCGGAAACCUUGGCCUCAGCAUGCUUUUGGCUUAACGGGUGCCAGAAUCAUUGAGUGAAGACCAGCUACUUUAUAGAAUGUCCAUCCGUCCUUCUGUCAGCAAUACCGAAGCUAGUGAGCAUGAUUUUAUAAACGGAAGCAUAACCAGAGAUGGGUUUCAAUUGACUUGUGCCAUCCAGAGAAGAAGGUCCACUCACAGAGUGGCUCCCUGCGGGGUCAGUUACAUGUAAGUAAGAGAGGUAAAUGCAGGAAGUCCCAGGUAAUCCUGAGAGAUUCUCUGGAAGGACACAGGAUGAUUAUAGGGGCUUCUUAUGAAGAAGUUUAAGAAAACUGAAAACUGUGUUGGUGAGAAAAGGGCCAAGAAAGUUGUGCCAAUGAGGGCUCUUGGUUCAUCACAAUGCGCUUUGAGGGAUGCAGUUUGGGUCCCUGAAAAAUGCUCCAACUGUCCUUUUGAAGUGUGAAUCAAAGUGUGUACAAUCCUUUGGAGAAGGAAGGGUCAGAGAGACGAAAAGACGCCUCAGAAAAGAAUAGGCCUAGAUGGAGGCUGUAUUGUGAAACAAACUGCUUCACAUGUUGAUACUUUUGCUUAAUAAACAUUACUAGAAUUUUGUAGCAAUACUUUCUGACUCACUUGUAGAAUAUGCUUUUGGGCAGGGCAUUUGUUGCCAGAUUUCAAGUAGGGAGUUAAGUGGUGCUUUCACGAGCGAGAGACUUUUAGUUAAAAAUCACUUUGUUUAAUAUGCUGCACUUAUUUUUUUAUGUUUUACAAUGGAUUGAAUUAUCUUUUUUAUAAAUCUUUGUACUAACUUAGCAUGUAACAACCAAUUUACAUGGGAAUAAAUUGAACUAUGUUAACUAUUAUAUUUCAA